AUGCCCACAGCUCCUACAAUUAUAGACGCAACGGCACCGCCUGAUACAGUCACAGCAGAAGCCCUACUUGACUUACCGGCCGCCAAUCCAAAGAAGACAAUGCCCGUAUCGAGCAUGUCUGUUGCUAUACCAGCCCAUAAGGUCCUUUUGACCUCGCGCCUGCCACCAUCUGGCAGUUUGUUGUCUCCAGCAGUUAAAAGUAAUACUCCUAGCACAAGACCACUAGUAUCGAAAAAUCGGGACAACACCUCAUCAGUUACGGAUACGUCUAUCUUGACUAAUAGCAGCACGAAUCAGUUUUCAAGUCAAGAGGUCAUCAUGGAAGGCGUAACCAACGUACAUGGCCCACAGGUGAAGCGCGGACCAACUAAGCAAGUUACUCCAACCCCAAUGCGCAGAAACAUAAAAGCUUUGAUGGCUACAUUGGACAUUGAGUUCGUGGAUUCGUGCUCGUUGGCGUGCUUCGCAGGAAGUAGCGGCUCUUUCUACUUAGGAGUGAAUGAAGACAUUAUCCGCUCUGUUCCAAUGAGUUGA